CCUUCUUAUAUAAGGUGGUGCCACAGUCCUUGUAUUUACACCAAAUCUCUCCCACUCUUCUACUACACAAAACCCAACUUCAACAACAAUUCUCUUAAAUCACUGUCUGCGUUAACACAAAUACCAACAUCAACAACAAAGCAGAACCGAUCACACACCCAGCAAUCACACCCCAUCCUUCAAAAUUAGCCACAAGGAGGUUAAAACAUCAUCCUAUUGAGUUCCAUGAAUCCUAUUGAGUUCACCCAAACCACAAAUGAGGCCAUUGUUAAGGCUCGUGAUCUGGCUUUGUUUGCCGGACACGUACAGUUUACACCUGUUCAUGUAGCAGUGGCUUUGAUCUCUGAUCAUAAUGCUAUCUUUUGGCAAGCAAUCCUGAAUGCUAGUGGUAGUGAAGAAGGCCCAAACUUAGUUAAGAGUAUAUUCAAUCAGGCAAUGGAGAAAUUUCCCACCCAAAACCCUCCCCCGAAUACAAGUGCAGCAAGUACACCACUAAUUAAUGCCAUUCACUGGGCUCAGUCCUCACGGAAAUCCCAAGAUGACACACAUUUAGCCAUUGAUCAAUUGAUCCUUGGUCUUUUGGAAGAUUCCAAAAUUGGAGAUCUUCUUAAAGAAGCUAGGGUCAGUACCUCAAGGGUGAAAUCGGAGGUCGAGAAGCUUCGUGAUGCAAAACCAACAAAGAUAGAAAGUGAUUCUCAAACUGUUGAGGUUAUUGCUUCUGGAGAUAUUGUAUUUCAAGCUCUGAAGACUUAUGGUAGUGACCUCUUAGAGCAAGUUGGAAAGCUUAACCCUAUGAUUGGUAGAGAUGAAGAGAUUCAGAGGGUUAUUGAGAUUUUAUCAAGAAGAACCAAGAACAAUCCCAUUCUUACUGGAGAGCCUAGUGUUGGCAAACUAGCAGUGGUUAAAGGUUUAGCUCAGAGAAUUGUUAAAGGGGAUGUUCCUAGUAAUCUUGUUGAUGUGAAGCUAUUUGCAUUAGAUAUAAGGGAUUUGGUUGCCAAAGCAAACUCUACUCAAGAGUUUAAGGAAAGUUUGAUAUCAGUUCUCAAGGAAGUAGAAGAGGCUAAAAGAAAAAUUAUCAUUUUCGUUGAUGAAAUACACAUUGUUCUUGGUGCUAGUCAAAUUCAAAAUUACAUUGUUGCUUCCAAUCUCUUCAAACCAAUGUUUGCUAGAGGCCAGAUCAGAUGUAUUGGUGCAACUACUCUUGAGGAGUAUAGGAAAUAUGUUGAGAAUGAUACUGCUUAUGAGAGGUGGUUUCAACAAGUUAAUGUGGCUGAGCCAAGUGUUGCAGAUACAAUUACUACUCUUGAAGAGCUCAAAGAGACAUAUGAAGAACAUCAUGGUGUUAGAAUUCAAUAUCAAGCUCUUGUGGUUGCUGCACAAUUGUCAGCUCGAUAUAUCACUGAGUGUCGUUUGCCAGACAAGGCAAUUGACCUACUUGAUGAAGCUUGUUCAAAUGUCAAGGUCCAACUUGAUAGUCAACCUGAAGAGAUCUAUAAUAUAGAAAGGAAAAUAGCUCGGUUAAAAAUUAAACUUGAUGUUCUUGACAAGGAGAAAGACCAAGAUAGUAGGGCUCAGCUUGUUGAAGUAAGAAAACAGUUUGAUGAUUUGGGGGACAAGCUUCAACCUUUGAAGAUGAAGUACACAAAAGAAAAGGAAAGGAUGGAUGAGCUUCGCAGACUCAAACAAGAAAGAGCGGAGCUCUUGUUGGCAUUAGAAAAGGUUCAUAAAGGAUUCAAUUUACCUAGAGUUGUGGAAUUGAGACGCGGUCCAAUUCAAGAAGUUGAGGAAGCAAUAGCAAAGCUUGAAAAGAUCAUAGAGGAAAAUGUAAUGGUGACGGAUAUUAUUGGACCAGAACAAAUAGCAAAAGUAGUGAGUCGUCGAACUAGCAUACCUGUGACGAAGCUUGACCAAAAUGAGAAAGUGAGGUUGAUGGACUUUGCUAAUGGGUUGCAUCAAAGAGUGGUGGGACAAGAUGAAAUAGUCAAGGCUGUUACCGAAACUGUGUUGAGGUCGAGGCUUGGGCUGGGAAGGCCUCAACAGCCCAUUGGUUCGUUCCUUUUCUUGGGUCCAACAGGUGUUGGGAAGACUGAGCUUGCUAAGGCUCUUGCGGAACAAUUGUUUGAUGACAUAAAUCUAUUGAUUCGGUUUGACAUGUCUGAAUUUAUGGAGCAACACUCAGUUUCCCGAUUAAUUGGUUCUCCGCCUGGCUAUCUUGGGCAUUUGGAAGGUGGGCAACUCACAGAAGCUGUGAAGAAACAACCAUAUAGUGUUAUAUUAUUUGAUGAAGUAGAGAAAGCACAUUCCAAUGUUUUCAAUACCUUGCUUCAAGUUUUUGAUGAUGGAAGGUUGACUGAUGGCCAAGGCUGCACAGUCGACUUCACCAACACACUCAUCAUUAUGACUUCCAAUAUUGGAGCUGAUUAUCUUUUGAAGGCAUUAAUGAACAAGUGUACAAUGGAAAGUGCUCGGGAGUCAGUGAAGCAAGAGGUGAGGAAGCACUUCAAGCCCGAGUUGCUUAAUCGGCUAGAUGAGAUAGUAGUAUUUGAUCCUCUUUCUCAUGAGCAACUGGCCAAGGUUGUGAGGCUUCUAUUGAAGGAUGUUGCAAUCCGCGUGGCUAAGAAGGGUGUUGCCUUAAGUGUGAGUGAAGCAGCAUUGGGUGUUAUGUUAGUGGAGAGUUAUGACCCCGCAUAUGGUGCAAGACCUAUUCGAAGAUGGUUGGACAAGUGGGUGGUAAAUAAGUUAACAGAUACGCUUUUAAAAAGUAAGGUUGAUGAAAAUUCAACUGUUUAUAUAGAUGCUGCGUCUAACGGGCACGAGUUGACAUAUCAAGUUGAAAAGGAUGGGGGAUUAAUGAAUGGCGCUGGGCAAAGGUCAGACUUCUUUUUUCGAAUCCAUGAUGGGCCGAGGAGU